AUGAUAAAUCGAAUUGCAGUAGUCUUUGCAAGGAGGGGAUACAACAUUGAGUCCCUUGCGGUUGGUCUGAACAAAGACAAGGCUCUGUUUACUAUAGUUGUGUCUGGAACUGAAAGGGUGUUAGUACAAGUUAUGGAGCAGCUUCAAAAACUUUUGAAUGUGUUGAAGGUUGAAGAUAUCUCGAAGGAGCCACAGGUAGAACGUGAAUUGAUGCUAAUAAAAAUCAAUGCAGAUCCGAACUACCGUGCUGAGGUCAUGCGGCUGGUGGAUAUCUUUCGAGCAAGAAUCGUGGAUAUCUCAGAUCACUCAUUGACUAUAGAGGUAACUGGAGAUCCAGGGAAGAUGGUUGCUGUUCAAAGAAAUUUAAGCAAGUUUGGAAUAAGAGAAAUUGCAAGAACUGGAAAGAUUGCAUUGAGAAGGGAAAAGCUGGGUGAAUCCGCUCCUUUUUGGCGAUUUUCAGCAGCUUCAUAUCCGGAUCUUGAAGGAAUAAUGCCUGUAAAUACUGUUCUUCGGGCUACAAAGAGAACACAGAAUGGAGAAUCUGAUACAUCUGUCGGGAAUGGUACUUUGUACUUCCCACAAGGAGUACAUGCUCAGUUCGACCCCGUGUUAGGAUGGGGAGUGGAUGGGCUGUCAUGGUUUUUUGUCAGGCCAAAGAACAAAUAA